GCGAGCAUAGAAGGAACGCAAGGUGCCUGGUAGGGGAAGAAGAGACACGGCAGCAUGCUUCAAGGACAAGUUGAAAGAGCCUUGAAGCAUGAGUUUGUUCCUCGAUCAGGAGGACCUCCAGAAUUUCGAUAUUGUCAAGGUGAAUGGGUCAAGUCGGUGGAGAACUGCGUCAUCGAUGAUCUUCCUUUUGCAGAAGGAGCUCUUCGUGAAUGCUAUAGAAUGCAGAUCGUGAGUAAGGAUGGUACAAGGAGGAACGUGGUAGCCAAGAUCUCUAAGGACCCAGAUGAAGACAAGAAUACUUACUACAGAGAUGUUCAGGCACAAAUGUGUGCCAAAAUGUGGGCAAUUGAGUUCAAUGCAUGCGAUGUGCCAAAAAGUAUAGACUUCGUCAAAGCCUACGUGUUUGAAUUGGUUGAUCGACCUGGUCGGCCGCUGAUUGGGGUGGAAGAGUUUGUUGAAGGAGUAUUUCAAAAGCAUAACAACAACGUGGGUGGAACAGUUGGCGACUGUGACAGAGCAACACCCAAUGCUUUCAGCCACUUUACGUGGGAAGCAAGCAACCAUUCGCUUCUUGUCUGCGAUAUUCAGGGAGUGGAAGAUUUGUACACAGACCCUCAGAUUCACACGCAAUCUGGGAAGGGAUUUGGAAGAGGAAAUCUUGGACAAGCGGGGCUAAACGCUUUUUUGACUCGACAUCGUUGCACCACAGUUUGUAUGCAUUUGGGCCUCCCAGCUGUUGGGUACAAAGCAGACGAACUGGAGCGCAAAGGAACACCAUGUGGAAAGCGAUUGGGCCAAUCACAGGCCUCACCAGAGUCAGACAAGUCUGAGAAUAAGUCACCUCCGGCUAACCCGAUGCCACAACCUGAUUCGGAAAGCUUUGUUCCGACUCUGGAAGCGGCUCCCUCUAGACGUCAAAACUCACGAGGGCGGAAGUUGAACUUGACAGAGUUCGAUUUGAAUCCACCCAACCCUCAACUGAGCACGAAUGAAGAGCAAGAUGGGCCUCUUGUUUCGCAGUUGGAUCACCAUGAUGAAGGUCUGAUGGAUCAAAUACUUGAUGAGAUUGAGAACUUGUAAUUGAAUAAAGACUAAGCAUGUGAAGAGAA